AUGAGCAUUUCCAUUCCCCAAACCUGCAAAGCGGUAGUCCUUGACGCACCAAGGGCUCCAUGGCUGUUAAAGGAGGUUCGGGUGAAGCAACCCAAGGAAGGGGAGAUCUUAAUCAAGUCUUUGGCUUGCGGCGUCUGCCAUAGCGAUCUGGCUACUAGUAAAGGGGACUUUGAUUUUAUCACAAAAUAUCCCAUCAUUCCUGGCCAUGAAGUUAUUGGUGAAGUUGUCGCCAUUGGGGCCAAUGUCAAGGGCUGGAAGCUUGGGGAUCGUGCUGGUGGAGCAUGGCACGGUGGUAACGACGGUAAUUGCAAGGCAUGCUCGCGGGGUUUGCCCCAGGUUUGUAAAAACCUAGAGGUAAACGGCGUCACUCGUGAUGGGGGCUUUUCGGAAUACUGUACCUUACGGGCAGAUGCCGCCGUGCCGGUCCCAAAGGAUGUUGAUCCAGUUUCUUUUGCACCCCUACUCUGCGCAGGCAUCACUGUUUUCAAUGCAAUCCGGAAGAGCAACGUUCCCCAAGGCGACACAAUUGCCAUUUCUGGUGUCGGCGGUCUUGGGCACCUUGCCAUCCAAUACGCCCGACUCAUGGGUUAUCGGACCGUGGCAAUUUCAGAGACGGAAGACAAACGUGAUGCAGCGUUAUCGCUUGGCGCACACCAGUUCAUCAAUUCUCGAAAGGAAGACCCAGUGGAGGAACUUCAGAAAGACGGAGGAGCAUCCUUGAUUAUAAAUUCUGUUGCACGCCCGGAACUGGUCCAGAAACUUGUUCAGGGCGUCAGUCCCGGAGGCUCCAUCCUGCUUAUUGCGCCUGUUGAUGGCGUAUCUCUGGAUUUCAUUAAAUUGAUUGUGUACGGCGUUUCUGUGCGAACCUGGUCGUCUGGCUUUGCACCAGAAACUCAAGAAGCAAUCGAUUUUGCCAUUAACCAGGGAGUGAAAUGCUUGACCAAGGAGUAUUCUCUCGAUGAGAUCACGACUGCUUUUAAUGCGAUGGAAGACAGAACUAUUCGCUUCCGACCUGUGAUCAAAUUCUAAAGCUAUGAGCAACCUACGUCGAAGGUCAUGUUCUUCAACGAGACAUUUAAAUAACAAGCACUUCUUGGUUCCAGUAGUGGCACAUUGCGCUGUGGCAUCAAUUCUGAUAAGAAUGCUAGUUUGCUUGUAUGGAAGCG